CUGAAGCGCAGUGAGAGCUGCGGGACGUUUGUGGCAUAUAUCUCUUGUAUACAGGGCGUUAUUGAUGUAUGGUGGUUGUAUGAUGAUGGUGGUCUCACGCUACUUCUACCUCAUUUGCUAAGGAUCUCCAAAAGUUAUCUGGAAGGCGCUAAGCUGCGCGUUUUUACUCUUCCAGCCUACACACAUACCAUGGAAGAAGAACAACAUAGUAUGGCCGCCCUUCUAUCAAAGUUCCGAAUAGAUUUUGCUGACGUGUCCGUUAUUCCGGAUAUUAGUCGUGAGCCUCAGCUUAAAACGUGAGU